CCCCGACUCGCAGCCCGGCGCCCGGCCCGGCCCUUCCUCCGCACAGCCCGGCUUCAGGCCGCCCAGUCUCCUUGACCUUCCCCCAGCAGAGUCUGAGGCGUCGCUGUCCGUUUUGAGCGGGGUCACGCAGGCCCCUUCCCGGCCUGGAAGGUCGGCGACGCGCGCUGAGCGUCAGUCCCCCCUCACCCCCGGCUCCAAACCCCGCCGGCCGCAGAUGUCAUCCUCAUCCGUGCUCCGCAGCGACCGGAGGGAGCGAGGGGAAACAAACCAACGUCUCGUUUUCAGCCUCUCCCCGCCACCGUGACAUAAAACCGGCAAAAAUAAAAAGAGCAUUCUGGGAAGCACUUCAUCAUUUCAACGCUCACGAAUUCAAAACAUAAACAAAGGGCUCCCAGGGCCCCUGCCCGGGGCGCGGGGCGCGCGGCGGGCCCGGGGCAGGUGAGCGCAGGUGCGCGCCCGCCCCCUCCCGGGGCCCCCGGCUCCUUCCCCGCGCCGCCCCGCGCCCCCCGCUCCGCUCCCCCUUCCCCGCCCGCUCCCCGCCGCCGCCGCCGCCGCCGCCGCCCCGCGCACGGCCUGGAGCGGAGGCUGCGCAGGGCGCGGGGCGGCGCGGGCCGGGCGCGGGCCGGGCGGACGGCCGCGUCUUUCUUCUCCUGGCGGUGAUGUCAUUGGGCGACGGCGGCCGAGGCCGGGGGGCGGCGGCGGGCGCCCGCAGGUUCCCGAGCCUCUCCUGAGAAGGCGCCUGACCGCGGGCCGGGGCGCACGGAGGAGCGGGCCGGGCCGGGCCGGAGCUGCUGGGCCGCGCCGAGCCGAUCGCCGGCGCCGGCCGCUCCAUGGGCGAGGAGGCGGCGGCGGCGGCGGGGGCGGUGGGGGCCGCGGGCCGGGCUGCCGCUCCGAGGUGAAGCAGGCGCGCGCCCCUCCCCGCCCGCGCGCCUCCCGGGCCGCCGCGAUGAAUUCUGCCGAGCAGACCGUUACGUGGCUCAUCACCCUGGGGGUGCUGGAGUCGCCCAAAAAAACCAUCGCGGACCCGGAGGGCUUUCUGCAGGCGUCGCUGAAGGAUGGGGUGGUCCUCUGCAGGCUGCUGGAGCGCCUGCUGCCCGGGACCAUCGAGAAAACAUUUGAUGCAAAUGAUUUGUAUCAGGGGCAGAAUUUUAACAAGGUCCUCAGUUCCUUAGUGACUCUAAAUAAAGUAACAGCAGACAUCGGUCUGGGGAGUGACUCCGUGUGUGCCCGGCCCUCAUCUCACCGCAUAAAGUCUUUCGACUCCCUUGGAUCACAGUCUUUGCACACUCGGACUUCAAAGCUGUUCCAGGGCCAGUAUCGGAGUUUGGACAUGACCGAUAAUAGCAACAAUCAACUGGUAGUAAGAGCAAAGUUUAACUUCCAGCAGAACAAUGAGGACGAGCUUUCCUUCUCGAAAGGAGAUGUCAUCCAUGUUACCCGAGUGGAAGAGGGAGGCUGGUGGGAGGGCACACUCAACGGCCGGACCGGCUGGUUCCCCAGCAACUACGUGCGCGAGGUCAAGGCCAGCGAGAAGCCUGUGUCUCCCAAAUCAGGAACAUUGAAGAGUCCUCCCAAAGGAUUUGAUACAACUGCCAUAAACAAAAGCUAUUACAAUGUGGUGCUACAGAAUAUUUUAGAAACAGAAAAUGAAUAUUCUAAAGAACUUCAGACUGUGCUUUCAACCUACCUACGGCCGUUGCAGACCAGUGAGAAGUUAAGUUCAGCAAACAUUUCAUAUUUAAUGGGAAAUCUAGAAGAAAUAUGUUCUUUCCAGCAAAUGCUCGUACAGUCUUUAGAAGAAUGCACCAAGUUGCCCGAAGCUCAGCAGAGAGUCGGAGGCUGCUUUUUAAACCUGAUGCCGCAGAUGAAAACCCUGUACCUCACAUAUUGUGCCAAUCACCCUUCUGCAGUGAACGUCCUCACGGAGCACAGUGAGGAGUUGGGAGAGUUCAUGGAGACCAAAGGUGCCAGCAGCCCUGGGAUUCUUGUGCUGACCACAGGCCUGAGCAAACCCUUCAUGCGCCUGGAUAAAUACCCUACGCUGCUCAAAGAGCUGGAGAGACACAUGGAGGAUUAUCAUAUAGAUAGACAAGAUAUUCAAAAAUCUAUGGCUGCCUUCAAAAACCUUUCAGCCCAAUGUCAAGAAGUCCGGAAAAGGAAAGAGCUUGAGCUGCAGAUCCUGACGGAAGCCAUCCGGAACUGGGAGGGCGAUGACAUUAAAACUCUGGGCAACGUCACUUACAUGUCCCAGGUCCUGAUUCAGUGUGCAGGAAGUGAGGAAAAGAAUGAAAGAUAUCUUCUACUCUUCCCCAAUGUUUUGCUAAUGUUGUCUGCCAGUCCUAGGAUGAGUGGCUUUAUAUAUCAGGGAAAGCUUCCAACGACAGGAAUGACAAUCACAAAGCUUGAGGACAGUGAAAAUCAUAGAAAUGCAUUUGAAAUAUCAGGGAGCAUGAUUGAGCGGAUAUUAGUGUCCUGCAACAACCAGCAGGAUCUGCAGGAAUGGGUGGACCACCUACAGAAGCAAACGAAAGUCACGUCUCUGGGAAACCCCACCAUCAAGCCCCAUUCGGUGCCAUCUCACACCCUCCCCUCCCACCCGGUGACUCCGUCCAGCAAGCACGCAGACAGCAAGCCCGCGCCGCUGACGCCUGCCUACCACACGCUCCCCCACCCAUCCCACCAUGGCACCCCGCACACCACCAUCAACUGGGGACCCCUGGAGCCUCCGAAAACACCCAAACCUUGGAGCCUGAGCUGCCUGCGGCCUGCGCCUCCCCUCCGGCCCUCAGCUGCUCUCUGCUACAAGGAGGAUCUUAGUAAGAGUCCCAAGACCAUGAAAAAGCUGCUGCCCAAGCGCAAACCUGAACGGAAGCCUUCGGAUGAGGAGUUUGCAUCACGGAAAAGCACAGCUGCUUUGGAAGAAGAUGCUCAGAUUCUGAAAGUCAUCGAGGCUUACUGCACCAGCGCCAAAACAAGGCAAACACUCAAUUCAACAUGGCAAGGCACUGACCUGAUGCAUAAUCACGUCUUGGCUGAUGAUGACCAACCAAGCCUAGACUCCUUGGGUCGUCGCAGUAGCCUUUCUCGUUUGGAGCCUUCAGACCUCUCGGAAGACUCUGACUAUGACAGUAUAUGGACAGCCCAUAGUUACAGAAUGGGUUCUACAUCUCGUAAGAGCUGUUGCUCAUAUAUCUCUCACCAGAACUAAUGCACUUCUGAGCUUUUCUUAACAAAUGCUUGUUGUAUCGCAGCCUGCUUUUCUUAGAUGUUUUCUUGCUGUUCCUUGUCUCUUUUAUGUGAUAUUUUAACAACUUUUGAGAGUGUUCCUGAUAUUUCCCAUUGUACUUUGUGGAGGCUUAACUGCCGAUGCGAGUAUACAUUCAAAUGACUGACUAUUGGAGGGAGGUGGUGUGUUCAUGUGAGCCUACACCCGAGGGUGCUCUUCGUAAUGGGUGGUUGUUGUUUUAUAGCUCCAAAUGUUUUUUUUUUUUUUUUUUUUUUUUCUCAGUGUAGCAACUGUUUGAUUUCUUUCUGCAUAUAGCCGUAUGAACACUUUUUUAUUUUAUACUGAAAUCACAUAGGUUUGUGAUCUAAGUGCCAGAACCAUGGAGGAGACUCUGGCCUUAUCUGUAGGGACCUAAAUUUUUUAAGUAUAAUGAACACUGAUCAAAUAGUUGUGGAGAGAUGGGAAGAAUACAUGCAGCAAAGGUGCUGUGAGCCCCGUUUCAAGGGCUGUGUUCUGGUAAUCAUGCAGAACGGCGUGUGGGCUCUGGGCCUUGGCAGGUGCACAGACGGGCGGGCGUCACGUGUGUUCAGAGCUUGUCUCCACCUCACGGCUCUGUGCUCUUCCGUGUGCUGCGUUGUGGCCGUGAAGUGGGAGCUCUCCUUUCCAAAGGCAGAGCUUACUGUCAUGGCUCAGAUGUUCACUCUCAUCUUCACCCCAAACUUGCCUGAAUUGAAAUGAUUUCUGUUAUAUGGCACUUAGCAAGCCUGUACCACUCUACAGUAAAAUCUCUAUACUAAAAGUUUAAAGUCCAAAAUCUGAAGCAUUCAGCCUCUGCAAGUGUAGACUACGAGCCUGUAUCUGGAGAGGCAUUUGGAAUACUUAAAAAGUCAAGUGCUGUGGCUUCAAUCCCCCCCGGCUCCCCACCCCUGACAUCCAUACUUACGUUGUCUGGAAGAGCCAUGGACACAUCAUUGUUUUCAGCAACCAGCUGCAGUGAAGCUCCGUUUACAGCAACCCCAUAGAAUAAAAUGGCAAUGCCUCCUUGUAAUGGGAUAUUGAAGUUUGUCGAAGAUUUACUAGGUUGCCAUGUUGCUCACUUAAAAAAAUCCCCCAUUUUCCUGGGAUUUGUUGUAAGGAGUUUUCACUGGCUUUACUCAGACCAGUUUCUGCUUCAGAAAGAACUGAAUGUGACCUGUUGCAUUCAGUUGCAGCAUCAAAUCCACAGCUAGUCAUUGCUUGAGGGGCCAACUGUGUUCUCUCCCAUGCACGCUCUAUUUGGUGUUAAAAUGGAACCUUACAGUUGUGUUUUAAGUAUUCAUUGAAACCAGCUUCAGAAAACAAGGUGCCAUCAUAAAUUGAGAAUAACAUUUUUUCCUUCUUUAGGGUGGCUGUAAUUCCAGGUGGCCGUGAUUUCUUUCUUCCCACCGCCCACUCCUUCGCCAAACCCACGUAUUCAGUGUUCUGAUCUUGUGUGUGCAGCAUGAACUCUGAUGCAAUAUCAGUCUUGUCCUGGGAGCCAGGUCCUGCCGCUCACAAGCCCAGAGCUGCCGGGGAGCUCCUGGCAGUAGCACCUUGUUUAGAAAGUUGGGUGGCUUCAUUCAGAAUAGACCAAGCUGGUGGCACAGGAGGCAUCAGGGCAGCUGUUAAUUCCAAAUAUUGGUCUGUUCCAAAACAGCUACUGAACUGCUCAUGCCACAGAAGAUUUUGUAUUUUUAUACCAAUUAAUAAAAAUAAGUUGAGGAGCAGUCUUCUAAAAUUAAUCAAAUCCCAGUGUUACUCUCCGGCAGAGAUGGGGUUUAUAUAUGUUCAGCCAGAUAGUAAAUGGAAUUAUUGAAGAAAUAAGGUAACCACAAAGUUUCUGUACUUCCUAUGAGUGGAUUUAGAAGCGAUUUUGGUUUUGUAUAACAUACGGUAGUCCUCCACAUCAGAGAGCACCUUUUUGUUUGCCUCGAGAUGACCUAUCAGCGCAUUGGCUUAGCUGCCUUUGCCUUCUCUCAGAGGUUGCCCAUGUCGUGGGCUGUGUAGACCACAACACUCACAGUUGCUGCACUUGGAUUUUCCUUUAAUACCAAGUAUCAUUUGGUUAUCUUACCAGGACAUUUUCAUUGAUAUUCUGUACACCAAAGUUUAACAGUUUCCCAUCAUUCCAUUUUGUACCAGUUCAAGGCGUUUUGACAAUGCUUUUUGUUGAUGCCAAGAUCACUGCAUAAUAAUAACCUGACCUUUUCUUUGUUUGCAUUUGUUUUGAAUGUCUAACACCAUUAGCUUUUGUGACCUGGUUAAGAAAUAUUAGUACCACAGGCCUGAAAAGACAGUUCUCUUGUGGCAGUGGUGAUAUGGUAUCCAGAGGGCCCGUGUUUCUACUUUUGUGGGACUUCAGUCAUGCGGAUAAUAGUAUCUUCUGUUCAUGCAAUUCUCUAAUAUCUAUGUGUACAGUUAGUAUUCUAAUGAAAGGAUGAAGAGUCUGAACUAGAAGGUAGGUUUAAGCCAUCACCAGGCCUUUGCAAAUGGCCUCAAGGGUGUUCCCUUUGAAGUAACACUUGCCACAAGUAUAUAAUAAGCUAUAUUAAUUGUGUUUUGCAUAAAAUUGCCAAAACACAGUAAUGUGUAUAUAGUGGUAUAAGAUCUUGAAAAAAAUCUAUUUAAUUGUGCUCUUUAUCUGUGAAUGGGAAAAGCCAUUUUUAGUAGGUGACUACCAUUUGAAAAACUCAAUUGGAUGUAUAUCUGAAUGUUGCAUUGUAUUGUACAGUAUGCAUAUUAUUGUUUGUGGUUGCAUAUGGCAAUGAAGUGUUUGUUUUAUAAAAAAUCUGUUAUGUACAGUCGAAAUAAAUUUUGCAUUUGCUA